AUGGCCACUAACCAAGAGACAGUUCACUUUGAUCCCAAAAACAUGCAGUUUCGCUUUCUUGGUCCUUCUGGAUUGCGAGUUUCUGCCUUCUCUUUAGGAGGUUGGUUGACCUAUGGUAACACCGGAUACGAUAUUGAACAUACCAAAAAGUGCCUCAAGCAAGCAUGGGAUUUGGGAAUUAACACGUUUGACACUGCCGAGGUUUACAGUCAAGGAAACUCGGAACUUGUUAUGGGGAAAGCUAUCAAGGAUUUGGAAUGGAAGCGUUCUGAAUAUGUUUUGAUCACCAAAGUGUUCUUUGGUGCCGGUCCUAAGCUCCCCAAUACUACGGGCUUGUCAAGAAAACAUAUCCUUGAAGGUGUUAACAAUUCUCUAAAGAGACUCGACACGGAGUAUGUGGAUGUGAUCAUGGCCCAUCGUUAUGACCCUUCCGUACCUAUGGAAGAGAUCGUUCGUGCCUUUACACAUCUUAUUCAUGAAGGCAAAGCAUUUUAUUGGGGCACCUCUGAAUGGAGUGCUUUCGAAAUCGAGCAUGCUCACCACAUUGCUACGAAGUACAACUUGAUUGCCCCCAUUGCUGACCAACCCCAGUACAACUAUGUGACGCGUGACCAUCUUGAAAAGGACUUGCUGCCUCUCCAACAAAUCUAUGGUUACGGCUCUACCGUUUGGAGUCCUUUGAAAUUCGGUAUUUUGACCGGAAAGUACAACGAUGGAAUCCCGGAAGAUUCUCGUUUGAAUACAACAUAUUCACAGUACGCAGAUCACCUUAAAUCACCUGAAGGAAAAAAGACCCUUCAACAAGUUCGUCAAGUGAGUCAAAUUGCCGAGAAAUUAGGUGCGUCACCCGCUCAACUUGCCCUUGCUUGGACGUUGAAGAACCCCCAUGUGUCUACAACAAUUUUGGGUGCUAGUAAGCCCGAGCAGAUUGUGGAGAAUGCCAAGGCCUUGGAUUUUGUCGAUAAGUUGACUCCCGAAAUCCUAAAGGAAAUGGAUGAUAUUUUAGAGUUUAAACCUUUGGAUGUCCAAUACCGCCAUUAG